AAACCAACUGAAAAAAAAAGAAGACUAACUGAAAACAAAAUGAUCGAAGACUACCUGAAAAAAAAUGAAGACAACCUGAAAAAAAAAUUAAGACUACCUGAAAAAAAUUAAGACUAACUGAAAAAAAUUGGAACCACCUGAAAGUCGUCCGACCAAAGAUUAUGGUCGGACGAGUCCGACACAAUACGUUCUCUAAAAAAAAAGGUAAUCAACAAUGUGUUUCUUCACAUAUUUGUCUUCACAAAAUAAAAAUAAAAAAAAAAGAAAGCUUUAAUUUUUCCAACAGUCAAUGAUCUUGUUAAUACUUAUUACAAAGUAAUUUCAAAGUCUUACUAAAUUUAAGAUUCAAAAGAGCUAAAGUUAAAUAUUAAUAGAGCACCUUCCUAGUUGUUUCCCUCGAAAAUAACCUCUAGUAACAAAACCCAUAUCCCCAAUCAUCAUCAUUACUCUAUAAAUACACCCCUUUUCAAUUUUCAAAUUACAUGAUCCGAAAGCCCAUUUUUUUCAAGAAAAACCAUGGAAAACGUGAAGCUAUUUGGAGUUUGGUCGAGCCCAUUUUGCAGCAAAGUGAUUUGGGCACUAGAAUUGAAAAGCAUAAAAUAUGAAUAUAUCGAAGAAGAUCUUACAAACAAAAGUUCAUUACUUUUAGAUUAUAAUCCAGUUCACAAAAAAGUGCCAGUGUUGGUCCAUAAUGGUAAUCCAAUUUGUGAGUCGUUGAUCAUCCUUGAAUAUCUUGAGGAGAUGUGGCCUAAUCAGCUUCCAUUAUUACCAAAAGAUCCCUAUCAAAGAGCAGUUGUCAGAUUCUGGGCUAAAUUUGCUGAAGAGAAGGGCAUAGCAAUUUGGAUACUUUUUCGAGCCACGGGGAUGGAUGACCAAGCCAAAGCUGGAAAAGACUGCUUAGAUAUGCUAACAACUCUAGAAGAGUAUGACCUAGAAAAAAGUUCAUUUUUUGGAGGUGAAAGCAUUGGAAUAGCCGACCUAGCAGUUGGGAGUGUAAUAUACUGGUUGGAAGUUGUUGAGCUUACAAUGGAAGUCAAAUUCUUUGAAGCCAGUAAUUUUCCCAAGUUGUAUAAAUGGUUCAACAACUUUAAGGAAAUUCCAAAAAUCAAGAGCAACCUUCCUGAUCAACACCAAAUGUUGUUAUACUUCAAAAAGCUGAGAGCGAAACUGACAGAAGCUACAUAUUUGUGAAAACAAUAAACGUGUUUAAUAAAUGGCUAGUUUGAUAUGUUGUUUUUAUUAGCCUUUUUUAGCAGCUAUAUUUUGAUAAUUACUUAUUUGGAUGUAAUGUGGAAUAGUGGAUGCUAAGUAGUGAUGAUACCUUUCAAGUUAUAAUAAAAAACUAGAAUGCAAUCCUAUCUACAUUAAUCGUUGUAUUUUGAGCUCGGAAAAUUCGGGGUAUUACAAUCAGUCUGGGUUUCAAUUUUUUUUUU